AUGUCAGGCUCUCCCUCUCCCGAGGACCGGUUCAACUCAUGUGAGGGUGGAAAGCGCAAACGUUCGGAUUCUCCCCUGCCGGGUACACUGCAACCUAUAUCGGAGCAGUCGAUGACAUACAGGGCUUACCAGCCUAAAGUCCAAGGCCCGGACAGCUCUACCGGUGAACUGCGACAGCCCGUGAUAACCCAGCCCAGCGCCUCAAUGAUAUCCCUCACUACGGCUCCUGAGCAACCCCAUUUACUCCCUGCCCUAGGCGUGGCAGCAUCGAUUCCACCAAGGCCAACAACAUUACCACCGAGAUCCACACGCCGUGCAAAGGCACAUGUUGCCUCUGCAUGUGUAAAUUGCAAGCGCAAGCAUUUGGGCUGUGAUUCUGCACGGCCUUGCCGAAGAUGCGUGGUAGCAGGCAAAGAGUCUUCGUGUGUUGACGUGGUCCACAAACGAAGGGGGCGACCUCCUUUGAAGGCAGAGGAGGGUCCAAUACGAACUUACGAGUCAGCUUUCGGCCAGUCUGGUACAUUGCGACUCACUACUCAACAGCCUCUUCAUCCAAAUGGAACUCCUGCCCAUCAAACGGCAUCCAUAAGGAAGAUUCGGCCAAAUACAGAAUUUCGAGGGGCUCCUCCCACUGAGGCUGGCAGAGAACCUCAGAGAUUAAAACUUAGUCCUCCGAUCCCCAUGAAAAACCCGUCCUGGGGAGCUUCGAUGCUGCCCUCUCCGUCGGCGACAUUACCGCCAUCGUCUCCGCUAAGCAGUGUACCUCCCCAACGACCUUUAUCAAGCGGAAACCAGACAUCAUCAGACAGGCAAAGUUCAAUUCCCAGCCCAAGCUUUCAACUACCUGGGCCGCCUUAUGCUUUGAACGAUAUCUCGCAUCUACCCUCUCUUUCUAGGGAUAGGCUGCCGCCGCCUCGUUCGCCUCGUCAGUACAAACAAAGUACUUCUGCACCACCGUAUUCUACGAUUCCAGGCCCAACAACUCAUCCAGUGAACUCAGCUAUCCGAUUGCCACCUAUACCUCAGCCCCUCACCAAAUUGAAGGUCGAUUUCUCUAUCGAUACCUCACAGGCAGGUAGCAAUACUUCAUCGCCAUUGUCAACGAGGCCAGAGAUUAUACGUGCCGAAAGCAACCCAAUUUCGCCGCUGGCACAAGAGGAUCCUGGUUUGAUUGAGCGGAGAUGGAGCCACGAACAAUCUUUCGCAUCGUCUUCCUACUCUCUGCCUCCUAUCCGCGAAUCAACAGAACCAUUCCCACGGCAGCGUUGCUUUAGCACCUCAGCAAUGAUCAAUUCAGGAAAUAAAGAUACUUUCAAUUUCACAGCCUUGAACGAGGGCACGUCAAGGGAGGCUGAUGUGCGUCCAGUGAAGCGCAGGAAGAUGGAGCUAGGAGAGAUGGUGAAUGAUUAG